AUGCUAUUCAAACGGACACAAGCCGGUCGUCCAACAUCAACAGACGUUGCAGAUGGCUCUUCGUUGCAGGCUCAGUCUGUUCCGGGACAGCCUCUGACAUGCAUGUUCUAUUUCUUCGCUUCCCAGAUGACCCAGAAUAUUCAAGCGGCAGAAGCGGAUCUUGGUCGACGUGGUGAGCAGCAAGAUGUGCCUACACAUCGCCUGGACACACUUCUGGCGAGGCUGCGUAUGCAUGCUACCUUCUCACAGCUUAUCACAAAAUUCGAGAGUUAUCCUGUGCAGAUAACCGACUCGAAUGAGCAACGCAAGCCGAUGUCCACAAGAAGACGGGCUCCCGUUCAUGAUACUGUGGUACUGAUGAGAUUUCGCGACCGGCGAGCGCGGGAAGAAUGGAUCACGACCAAGGAGUGGCAGGACUUUAUGCGGCAGACCGAGGCGGAGCAGGUCUUCCGCCAAAUGCCACACGUGCGAUGCGCUCGCUCUCUCAAAGGCCUCAUGGAUCCAAUAGAUGUCUUGACGGCAUAG